CAGUGUCGUUUGACAGCAGUUGUGAAAUGUUUUUCUAUCGUCCAGCUGUGUGAACACCCAUACACAAAGCUCUCAGUGGCAGUGCAGACUUCAUUUAAAAAGCGGGUUUCAAGCUCCAAGAGAGUCUUUUCUCUUUCAAAUUAUACUUCGAGUCACAGAACUCCACGUACGUUUGGAGAGUAAAUGUGUCACUCACUCAGAGGUCACUGUCAGGAGAGCUGGGAAUGGGACCCGGACAGUAAAUCCCCUGAUGCUCAUGUGUCGGUGUGCCGACAGGCCGUGUAUUUCCACAUCAGCCCUCUGCUGGACAGUCAGGGCACUGCAGGCGUCAGAGGCACCAAAGGUUUCACUCAUGGUGAGCAUUACUGGGAGAUUGAGUUCCUCGAGCCUCCUUAUGGAAGCUCAGUGAUGGUGGGGGUCGGUACCCAAAAUGCACUGCUGCAUACAGGAGACCAAACGUUUGUCAACCUCAUAGGCAUGGACAGUGAGAGCUGGGGUCUGUCAUACAAAGGCUAUAUCUGGCAUAAUGGAAGGAGCCGGAAAUACACAGAAGCUUUUUAUGAAAGAAACACUGUCAUUGGGGUUCUGCUGGACUUAAGAGCAGGAACACUGACGUUCUCCCGAAAUGGAGUGAACCUUGGGGUGGCCUUCACUGGCCUGAAGAAGGUCGGCAAGGCUUUGUAUCCUCUGGUGAGCUCAACUGCUCCAGAAACUGAGCUUCAGCUGGGGUUGAGAAGCCAGAAAAUCUCCUCUCUGCAGGAACACUGCAUACACACCAUCACGCAGUCUCUUUCACAAGCUUCACCCAGUUAAAAUACUCAUGCUUUUGGCAAUACUGAGGGAGACACAAAGGAUGGGACACACCGUAGCAAAACGGAGUGAAAACGUUCUCCUGCUCCUCACUGGAUGAAGACGUCCUGAUGAAGGUCGAGCAGGACGCGGGUGAAGUUGUUGAUUGGUCCGAUGGCGCUGAGGGUCAUGGAAGCGUCCUGCGCCCACAGCAAGUUGGGCCCAAACACAACGGCCAGAUUGGCAUUGGUCAUCUUAUUGACUUCGCUCUCAGCAGAUACCUGAAGAUCCAUGACAAAAAACAAAUACUGAAGUAAGAAAAAAUAUGGAGCAAGUCUACUGUUAAAUUUAUGGCCUUCCUGAAUAGUUAUUGGCUAAUUUUAAUUUGUUUAAGCCCUAUGCAGACAAUUUUUUUUCCGAGGGAGAUUUAAAGGGCACCUAUGAUGAAAAUCGACUUUUGUAAGCUGUUAUGGACAGAACUGUGUGUAGGUAUAGUGUGUCCACUGUCAUAUUGCAGUGAUAAAAACCCAAAGUCUCUUUUUUUUUAAUUUGCUGACAUUAAAAUAGGAUCCAAAUCCCCUUCCAUUUUGAGGCCCACCGCAACGUGAUGUAAAAGUGUGGUUUUCCCCACCCACCGAAUUGAUUGACAGGCGCCAUGUUUCUAUAAUAACAUGUAUACACAAGUCCCAGAACAUUUUUUGCAAAUAAACUGGGGUUAAAAUAUCUGUUCCAACUCUCUGUGAUUUUUAUAAGUGUGUAAGUGUUUAAAACUGAAUGUUUGUAAUAAAGACAGUAAAAUUGAUAUGUAAUACUCAACCAAUAUAAUCACCACAGCCACAUGGUGUCAAUAAACGCGCAUAUAAAUGUGUGUGUGUGUGUGUGUGUGUGUAUACACUGCAAUGGGCCCUUUUUGUGAGACUCAUCAUUUCAGAAAGGCUUGAAGAAACUCCACCACAAAUACAUCAAAUAAACUUAAUCUGUAUUUUUGACUAAA